AUGGGUGAGUCUCGAUAUCUUUUCGUGGUCAAAGACUCCAAAUCCCAGUCAUUUUCGAGAAGCGACGACCAGGAGAGGCGGUUGAUUCACCGUCAUGCCCAGAUUGACAGCAUGCAUCGACGAUGCUUGCCACCGGAUCAAACAGCCCACAAGAAUGAGCAACUGGCAUUCAUUCAAGUCAAGCCGGGGACCAGAGCUGGAACCAGCAAAGGACGUGCCAUAACUGCCAUCCCUCGGGUCCCGGCGGACGAAAUGCGCAUCAUCGACCCUUUUGCCAGUACCGUGGUCAAUGUAGACCGAAAAGCUCAUGGUCUUCUUCAAUAUUUCAUCCAUGUUUCCCACCCUAGGACAUGGCACUCGGAGGUGCAGAACGAUCGUACCUAUACCUUUCAGAAUGACGUCCUCGCUCUGGUCAAGGGGUGUCUGGAGAACGAGGUGCAUUUUUACACUUUGCUGGCGUCCAUGGCCAGUCAAAUGGAGUACUUUGAUCUGAUAAACCGAGACGACGAAACCACGAGUCAAAUGGCAACAAAGGCUAUUGGCGCCAUUCGCCGGUAUCUGAGAUCUUCGCCUCCUAUUGACCAAAGACUCAUUUUUGACAUCCAUCAAAUGGCCGUCACAGAUUUCUAUCGAUACGAACUAAACUCGGCUCUAGUCCAUCUCACGGCCGCCAAAAACCUUCUCACCAACAUCGGAGGUAUUGACCGAAUCGACCCAUCACUACGGGAAUGGAUUGUUUUUGGAGACGGUUAUCUGGCGGCAGAACUGCUCCAGAAGCCACUGUUUCCUGCUUCCUGUUUCGACCCCGGCGACCUGGAUCAGCGACAUGGGGAUGUUGUUGGUGGUCACACUGAUGCCACCACGCCAUGGUUUCAGGAGCCCGGCUAUCUCAAGAUCUUGCCGACCCAAAUGCACCAAGUGCUUGUGGAUUUCGCCACGACGGUCCGUGCCAUGAAACAGCAAUUUGAACCAGAGGCUUCAGAUCGACAUAUACCUUCUGGAUCUAAAGCCACCCUUCACUGGGUCCUUCUCCGAACAACUGCACUCAGGCACCGACUUUUGGAACUGGAAAUUGACGAUGGAAAAGUUGACGCCAUCAGGAUUGUCUUGAUCAUAUGGCUUUUCAACGUCAUGACCGUGACUGGUCGGCGGCGAACAUGCAAGGUCCUAGCUUCAAAAUUGAGGUGUCGACUGGAAGGUAUUGAACCAGGGGACUGGGUCGGAUAUGAAGAUGCACACCUAUGGGUGCUUCUCAUCGGUGUCAUGUCCUGCAAAACAAGUGACCGAGGGUGGUUUCUCACAGCGAUUCUAGAGACGGCGCGUCUGGACGGUUGGGAGACACACAACUCGUUUCGGGAAGAUGAGUUUGCAGGGCUAUUCGGGCGCUUCUCCUACCUCGAUACCUACCACCAGGGCCUGCUGCGAGCCGCCACCAGCGAUUUGAAUGUGCUGACAUCUCCCGCAACACGGGAUUGUGGUGCCAGCUCAUCGAUGCCCCGAAACUUUCCCCACCGGAUCAGAAAAACCGCGCAUGCAGACUGUCAGGACCAUGAUCAGACCUUUUGGGAAGAUCAGUGA